ACGUGUCCCGCGCGUGUCACUCCACGUUCGCGAGCGCCUGCGCAUUGCCCCGGAAGCAAGAUGGCAGCCCCCAGCGGAGGCUUCUGGACUGCGGUGGUCCUGGCGGCCACGGCGCUGAAAUUGGUGGCCGCUGUGUCCGAGCCCACCACUGUGCCAUUUGACGUGAGGCCCGGAGGGGUGGUGCAUUCGUUCUCCCAGGACGUAGGACCCGGGAACAAGUUUACAUGCACAUUCACCUACGCUUCCCAAGGAGGGACCAACGAGCAAUGGCAGAUGAGCCUGGGGACAAGUGAAGACAGUCAGCACUUUACCUGUACCAUCUGGAGGCCCCAGGGGAAAUCCUACCUCUACUUCACACAGUUCAAGGCUGAGUUGCGAGGUGCUGAGAUCGAGUAUGCCAUGGCUUAUUCCAAAGCCGCAUUUGAGAGAGAGAGUGAUGUCCCCCUGAAAAGUGAGGAGUUUGAAGUGACCAAGACAGCAGUGUCUCACAGGCCUGGGGCCUUCAAAGCUGAGCUCUCCAAGCUGGUGAUUGUAGCCAAGGCGGCACGCUCGGAGCUGUGACCCUCGCCUGUCAAGGGCCUUCAUGUCCACGUUCCUCAGGCACACUGACCGGGACUACUUGUCUAGGGCACUGGUUCCCAUAGGAGCUGCCCUGCCCUGCACAGGUCACACUGUGUCACUCCACAGAACUCUCUGAGCCCGGUCACCUGUUUUGCCAGGGAAGAUGCAGGACAUGUGCGGGGUGGGAUGGAAGGACUUCCUGGCUUUCCUGAAGUCAAGAUGUGGUGUGGUUUCCCCUCUGAGCCACGGAUGAGUGUCCCCAUCCCAGGACCACCCGUCCAGGGCAGCUCCACUCAGAAGGAUGGGAAAGGAUAGAAAAAAUAAAUAAAUAAGUAGCCACCUUAGUGGUGGCUCUGUGGGGCCAGGACUCAGACAUGGAUUCUCACCGUUUUCUACAAUAGCAGCACAAUAGAGGCACAUGGCCUCUCCUUAUAGUGACUGUCACAUAGGUGCCAGCACAGUGGGUCACAAGGCAACCAAUGACUUUGCACCCACAAGGACUAGUCUCUCUCUCUCUCUCUCUCUCUCUCUCUCUCUCUCUCUCUCUCUCUCUCUCUCCACAAUGUUGCCUUGAAUCCACACUGUGUUCUCUAAUACUAGGACCACAGGGCAAGGCCACUGUCCCCACAGAUUCUGGAUUUGGGAUUUUGAAGUCAAAUGAAAGCAACAUGUUUUUAGAUUUA